CGAACGCCAUGCAAGUAAACAUGCCCGAAUCUAAAACAACAGGCUCCAGGGUAUGCACCUGCCCGGGCCCAGGGGGUGGCCCGAGGAAAGCCGGCACGGAGGCGGUGCCGUGGUGCCCUCCGCGCACCGCUCGGCGCAGGCGGCGGGGCCGCCAGAAGUCCGCCGCGGAAGUGGCGUUCAAGCUCGCGCGCGCGCCGUCCGCGGGCGUGGCGAUGCAGCAGAUGAUGCUGCAGCAGUGCCAGCAGGCGCUGAUGAUGCAGCACCUGCAGUGGAUGCCGGCCGCGGCGAUGGCGCAGAUGCCGCCAGCGUUGGGCAUGUUUCCUAACGCGCAGCCGCCACAAGUGAACAGAAGAAGCAGAAGAAGAAGAAGCGGAGGCGCGCUGGCUCGGAGGAGGAGGCCGGCCGCAGGCCGGCGCCUCUGGCCGCGCCGGCCGCAGACGGCGGCCCGGCGCCCGAGAGCGCCGAGUCCAGCGAGGACCCACCUCGAUCUGGGCCCGACCCCGCGACCAGGAUCCUGGCCAGCGCGCCCGCCGCGGAGCCCGCGGCGGCGGACGACGAGGCUGCCGCGCGGCGCGCCCACGAGCUGCCCCCGGUGGCCUUCGAGGACGAAGCGCCCGCGGGCCCGCCCGCCAGCGGCAGCCGCGCGCCGGCGGCGGG